AUGUUAGAACUCUAUGAAGAAUUAAUAGUAGAUAUACUUUUGAGGCUACCGGUAAAGUCUCUUCUUCGUUUUAGAUGUGUGUCAAAGUUUUGGCGUGAUUUGAUCGAUAGCAAGUAUUUCAUUAAUAUGCAUCGUCAACAAUCCAUCAAUUCCAACACCAAUUUUCAUCUAAUGUUUCAAAUUAGUUCCAAUAAACUCUGCUCGUGUUCAAAAUAUUUUGAUAAUGUUGGGCUCAAGAGUAGACAUCCCAAUGAGCUGUCAAACGAUUGGCUCACGUGGUACAAGAAGUUACCUCAGGCACCUAAACUUGAAUUUGAUCUUUUAAAGAAUUUGAAGGCUCUCCACGGAUUUGGAUAUGAUCAUGUACAUGAUGACUAUAAGGUACUGAGAAUAUUUCAGAUUUUUUACCCAGAUGAUGUUAAUCGCAAAAAUUCUAUUAUUCGCAAUCAAAUUUGUGUUUAUAGUCUUCAAUUGAAUUCAUGGAGACAUAUUGAAGAUUAUCCUUAUGGUGAUCGUAAUUAUGAGUUUACAGAUAAUUAUAGUCAAGGGUGCUUUGUAAAUGGUGCAUCACAUUGGUUAGCGUAUCCUUUGAUACUAAAUGAAUAUGGAUUUUGGGUUCAAGGAUUAGAGUGGUCAAUUGUUGCUUUUAAUUUUGAAGCUGAAAAAUUUACUACAAUUCCACAUCCAAAUGCUAAUAGGAAUGGGAAGAGUUUUCAAAUUGAAAAUCUGGGAGGAUUCCUACGUAUUUUUGAGGAGGUUUGUGAGACUUGUUAUGUAUGGGUUAUGAAACAAUAUGGAGUUGGGGAGUCUUGGAUUAAAUUGUUUUUGUUUGAUUUGCAUUCGUUUAAAUUGGAAUAUCCCAUUGUUGAUCUUGAUAGAUAUGUAAACCUGUUGCAUAUUAUUCCAAGAACGGAGAAAAACUUACAAUGA